AACUUCUGGUUUGAAACUGUGCCAAAACGCGUUUCGUAAUCAAAUGUCCCUUUCGUGGCUCUGUAUGACGCGUGCCGAGGAACGCUUGAAGCGCGACUGACACAAACACACACACACACGCGUGUGUCCGGAGCGCGUUUGUACCCUCAGAGUUUCUUCAUCACUUUUUAAUCUCAAGGAGAUUUGUUUGAUAAAGCUAGACAUGUCUGACACGCGCAAGAGGACCAGGAAGCGCUUCGGCGGACACGCGCACAAGAGACACAAGGGUUCCCGCGAGCUGGAGGUGGGAGCGCAGGGGGUGCUCGUCACCUGCAACAUGAACGAGCGCAAGUGCACGAGCGAAGCCUACAGCCUCCUCAACGAGUACGCGGACGCGCUCUACGGCCCUGAGCAGUCCACAGACUGCCUCAGUGAGGAUGAGGAGGGUGAUGAAGACGCAGAGGCUGCGCUGAAGAAGGAAGUGUGUCAGAUUCAGUCGUCGAUGAAGACGCGUCAGCAGAGGUUCAGCGCGGUCGACAGCGGAGCCAAUAACGUCGUGUUCAUCCGCACGCAUGGAGUCGACCCAGAGGAGCUGGUUCACCACAUCCUGUCGGACCUGCACCGCACCAAGAAGAGGAAGUCCCGCGUGAUCCUGCGCAUGCUGCCCGUGAGCGGCACGUGCCGCGCGUUCCCGGAGGACAUGGAGAAGUUCCUGAGCGGGUAUCUGGAGCGCUGGUUCAAGGCGCCGCUGCGGGUCACGUACCAGAUCUGCUUCAAAGCCCGCAACAGCAGCCACAGCAAGAGGGACGACGUCAUCAAAGCCGUCGCUGGUUUGGUGGAUAAGAUGAACCCACUGCAUAAGGUGGACCUGAGCAACCCUGAGCUGAGCAUCAUCAUCGAGAUCAUCAAGAGCGUGUGCUGCGUCAGCGUCGUGUCCGACUACAUGCUCUUCCGCAAGUACAACCUGCAGGAGGUGGCGAAGGAGCCCGCCAAUCAGACGCAAGAACAGGAAGUGGCGAAGGAGCCCGCCAAUCAGAGCGCAGCCAAUCAGACGCAGGCGGCGGCAGAGGGCGGUGACGGGGGCAAGGAGGCGGAGCCUGAGUGAAUUAGCUGCGCACACGCGGCGUUUUAAAGCAGCGCUACAUCGUUUGCGUUUGUUGUUUUGUUUUUUAUCAGGAUUUCACACUGUAACGUUUGAUUUUACUGUAAGUCUGGAACUCUUGUGUUACCGUCAACACGCGUCCUCUGGACAUACGAAAUAAAGAAAACUGAAGUCACGUGUUUACCGCUA